AUGGAGGAAUCAGAUGCAUUCUCAUCUGUGCAUUGCCACGAUCCAGUUGAUGUUAUGAAUCGAAAAUCACCAUCUGUCGACGGCGGAUUGUUAAACAAAUUUGUGAAACGAAGCCAGAAAUUAUUCAAGACAAAUGAUACGUUUACACAUCAACUUCAUCCGGAUGUCAUCAACAUGGAAAAUUUCUUCCAACAACAGGCAAUCGAAGAUGAACGACGACGUUUCUCUAUUAAUAUUUUAACUCAAAAUCGUAUUAUUAUAAAUAUAAGUGGAGUUCGUUUCGAAACAUACAAAUCUACUCUGGAAGCUUAUCCAAAUACAUUAUUAGGCAAUGCAAAACGUCGCCAUCAGUACUAUGAUAGUGUUACGAAUGAAUAUUUUUUUGAUCAUCAUCGAGGAUGUUUUGAAGCUAUUCUAUAUUAUUAUCAAUCACAAGGUCGAAUACGUCGACCAAAUUCAGUACCACUCGAUACAUUCCUUGAAGAAAUUAUAUUUUUUGAUUUGGGACCGGAUGCUCUUGCACAGGUACGCGAAGAUGAAAAUUUGAAAGAACUUGAAAAAACUUCUUUACCUCGAAAUCGUUGUCGCCGAUAUAUUUGGGCCACCAUGGAGUAUCCAGAAUUUUCAUUCAUCGCCAAAGUGGUUAAUAUUCUCUUGUUAGUUAUUGUUUUUAUCUCUACAACUACCUUGGCAGUCGAAACUUUGCCACAAUUUUCACAUUUAUCGGAAGAAGCAUGCGACAAAAAAUAUCAGGAGUAUUCAAUUGCAGUAAAAAAUAAUACGAUAAGUCAUAUGGAUACUCAAUUAAGUGAACAGACGUGCGGAUCCUAUUUUUCAUCACCAUUUCAUAUAGUUCAGACGGUUUGUAUUGGAUUUUUUACCCUUGAAUUGAUUCUACGCCUUCUCAGCACACCAUCACUAUCGCUGUACGUCAAGGAUUUCAUGAAUUGGAUUGAUAUUAUUUCCGUCAUUCCAUUCUAUAUCGGCUUAAUCACACGAUUUGUUUUUGAACCGAACGAGCAGAAUGUUAGCAUUCUCAAUAGUUUGACAUUAUUACGUGCUGUUCGAUGUGUUCGUAUCUUUAAAUUUUAUCGAAUUUUUAAAAAUGUGAAAACAAUACGUGUCCUUGUCGUAACGUUGAACGAGUCCAUGUUUGAUUUUCUUACUUUGGCAGCCAUAUUAACGCUAUUUUCAUUUUUCUUUGGUGCUGCUGUUUAUCUUGUUGAGGGCUCCAGCAAUAGUUCGUCAUUCGAUUCCAUACCGAAAGCUACCUAUUGGGGUAUUGUAACAAUCACUAGCGUUGGCUAUGGUGAUAUAGUGCCGAUCACACCUCUUGGACGUCUGCUUGCUAUCAUGUGUGCAUUCAGUGGUGUAGGCACCAUUGGUAUGUUCGUCUCAGUUAUAGUUGAUCGGUACCAACGAGUAUUUACACGUAAACUAUACAUUAAACCGGAAAAAAUUGAUUUCAAUGCCUUCCCCGGCCAAGAAAGUGAGGAUUUAGAAAGUGGACAUGGAAACUAUGCCCUUAAUUCUCUUAGCACCAAUCUCAACGACAAUAAAAAUUAUGGACUCAAAACAGAUCUGCAGAUUUCACCAUUACCAUCGCCCAUACUGUCAAAUACAAUAAAUUCGAGUCAUCCUCGAAGUCAUUCUAUGGACAAUGAUGAGAACAGUGACAACACAGCAACACAGGCACUGCUCAGUGAAAUGUACUCCAAUGCGUCGAAUCGACCACUCGAGAACCUUAGUAUCUCGCGAAUUGUCGACACGGAGAAACAGUAA